GAUCUGGUGGAUUUUUCUCUUAACCGACUGAAUUUGAAUAAUUUUAAUUCGUGCGAUCACAACCCUAAUCCCAAACUACAUCACUCAUUUAGAAAGAAAUAACCUGAUUAGUACUCUCAUAAAGUAGCAGUACUAAUUUGUUAGUGAUUCUUCCCUUUUUCUCCCUUCUCGUUUCCUUCAGCCUAAAGCAAUUCAAAAAGCAAAACCCUCGCCACACUCCCACUCGCAUUUUCAAGCCCCCAAUAUCUUGAGAGACAGAGAGAUCGAUGACGACGAGGCAACGGCGGCCGCCAUCUUCCGACACUGCGUCGUCGUCGGCGUCGGAAUCGGCACCGUACGACAAGCGUGAUAAACCGGGGAGAGUGUAUGACGGCGAGGAGGACAAGGGGCUAGGGUUUCUGUUACCUGUACUUGCCCUAGGUAUGCUUAGAUAUAUGAGCGCUACUACUAAUAUCAUUCACGAUUGCGAUGAAGUCUUCAAUUACUGGGAGCCUCUCCACUUUCUUAUUUACAAAUCUGGCUUUCAAACUUGGGAAUACAGCUCUCAGUUUGCGCUUCGUUCAUAUUUGUAUAUUCUUUUCCACAAACUAGUAGGUUGGCCAGCUUCAGGCUGGUAUGGUUGGCGUGAAGAGGAGAAGUUCAGAGUAUUUUAUGCUGUGAGAAUAUUUCUUGGUCUCCUCUCCGUCAUUACCGAAGCAACACUUGUAGUUGCCCUUUCUAGGAAGUAUGGAAAGCGCCUUGGUUGUUAUACACUUGCCAUGCUUUGCCUAACUAGCGGAUGCUUUUUUGCUAGCACAAGUUUCUUGCCAAGUUCAUUUUCUAUGUAUGCUAUUUCUCUCUCGUCAGCAUUAUAUCUCCUUGACAGGCCAGCAAUGGCAGUUGCAGUAGCAGCAACUGGAACUAUUCUUGGCUGGCCUUUCUCGAUUUUGGCUUUUCUUCCAGUUACAGUAUACUCCCUGAUUAAAAAGUUUAAGCAAGCAUUUCUCUCAGGGUUGAUUACUUCUGUUGUUGUCACGGUACUAUCAAUACUGGUCGAUCACCACUUCUACAAAAAGUGGACAUCAUCUGUUCUGAAUCUAUUGGUUUAUAAUGUUGUAGGAGGUGGUGAGAGCCAUUUGUAUGGCACUGAAGGACCAUUAUUUUACCUAAAAAAUGGAUUUAAUAAUUUCAACUUCAGUUUUGUUCUAGCUUUGUUGUUCCUGGGGAUUUUGCCGAUUACUAGGAAAAAAUAUGCUCCAGACUUGCUAGUAGUUAUCUCACCCAUGUAUAUCUGGAUAGCAUUUAUGUCUUUGCAACCUCACAAGGAAGAAAGAUUCCUGUAUCCAAUAUAUCCACUUGUUUGUAUAGCUGCUUCUGCAGUUAUUGACAGUUUCCCUGACCUAUUCCGGGACAAGUACAGUUCAAAUGAUAAUUCUUUGCUUGUGACGGCAGCUAAAUUUCUCAGACCUUUCAUUCUUGGUGUCAUUUUAUGUUGCUCCCAUGCUCGCACAUUUUCUCUGAUUCAUGGUUAUUCUGCCCCUAUUGAGAUUUACAAGCACUUGGAGCACUAUGAUAAUGGACGACAAGAUGCGGUUGUUUGUGUUGGAAGUGAGUGGCAUCGCUACCCAUCAUCCUUCUUCAUUCCUGAUUAUGUGGGCCAAGUUCGAUGGAUAAAUGAUGGAUUCAGGGGUCUUCUUCCGUUUCCGUUUAAUUCUACUUUGGGAGGCACCUCAGCUGCACCAUCUUAUUUCAACGAUAAGAAUAAGGCAUCAGAAGAGCAAUAUCUUCAAGAAAUUGAAAGGUGCGACUUCCUGGUCGAGUUGCAGCUUCAAAGACCUUACCCAGUGCGAGGAAGUGAUCUGUCAACUUGGGAGGUUGUUGCAGCUCUACCUUAUCUGGAUAGGGAACUCUCACCUCCGAGGUACAGGUCAUUCUUCAUCCCCUGGCUUUGGGAGCAGAAGAAUAUCUUUGGCAUAUACAAGCUACUCAAGAGAAUACCCAAAGCUUAGAGUGAGUUGAAGUAUAUCUUCACUUUUUUGGGAUAUUCACACUAAAUGUUAUGUACCAAUUGCAAGUUACCUACCAGCUGAUGAAAAUUUGGAGUAUCAAGCUAACAUCCAUUGUUUACCAGAGCAUUGAGCAGCAUUCUAACAGUAGCUAAUCUGUAGCUUAUACAUGAGAAAAUUGAACAUCAAAUGUAUCAACUUUCAUGUGUUGGUGACGUGUACCGGAACCUCCGAUAUAUUGUAGUCACCGACUCACUAGUAUUUUUGUCAUGCGUUGGUGAUGUGUAACUGUAACUUCAGAGUUCAGAUAUGAUAUAUUGUAGAUUUGUAGUUAUCA